GGAUAUAGUGAAUGCAGGGUCCGGGAGAGCAGAUAUAGUGAAUGCAGGGGUCCGGGGAGACCAGAUAUAGUGAAUGCAGGGUUCGGGGAGAGCGGCUAUAGUGAAUGCGGGGUCCGGGGAGAGCGGAUAUAGUGAAUGCGGGGUCCGGGGAGAGCGGAUAUAGUGAAUGCGGGGUCCGGGGAGAGCGGAUAUAGUGAAUGCGGGGUCCUGGGAGAGCGGAUAUAGUGAAUGCGGGGUCCGGGGAGAGCGGAUAUAGUGAAUGCGGGGUCCGGGGGAGAGCGGAUAUAGUGAAUGCGGGGUCC